GUCCAAGCCUAAUCCAACCAUGAAGACCUCUCACUCACUCAAUCACUAGCUAGACAAGAAUGUGAAUCGCAUUUGUAGGGCUAAAGGGUAACCAUCAAAUUCAGAGAGCAUAAACCCUAAAGCUCCUUUUGUUGAGAAAAGACAUGCAUAUCUUCUCCUCAUGCACCUCCUUUAUAUCAUUAGCUUCUUAGUGCCUUGAUUCCCUAUUCUCCACAUACUUAAACAUUCUCAACCCCCCCUGAAACCGCACCACAAACCCCACACCACAACAACAAUAACACUCUUCUUCUCCUCGCCAUGGUCUCAUCUUUCCUUCUUCCCCUCUCCUUUCUCCUCCUCUUCCUCCUCCCUCUCGCGGCCGCCGCGGCUACUGACUCUGCGGUCGCCGCGGCUACUGACUCUGCGGCCGCCCAAUUCAACUUCCUCUCCCUCCUCAAGAAGUCCUUCAAAGGCCCCUCCAUGGCGCGCUGGGACUUCAACCGCUUUAACGACCUUGACUCCCGCGCUAAUUAUUCCUAUUGCAACCUCCCCGGCCUAGGCUGUGACAGCGCUGGUGACGUCGUGUUGAUUGACCUGUCCUCGUGGUUUCUCGCCGGCGACUUCCCUGCGGGUGUAUGCUCCGCCCUCCCGGCCCUCCGCGCCCUCCGCCUCGGCUACAACGAGAUCCGUAACGGGUUUCCCGGCGACCUCACCGACUGCUCCUUCUUGGAGGAGCUCAACCUCACCCACGCCCGCAUCACCGGCGGCGUCCCUGAUCUGUCCCCUCUCCGGUCUUCCCUCCUAGCUCUCGAUCUCUCCAACAAUUACUUCACCGGUGAGUUCCCCGUCGCCGCUCUGGCCAACCUCUCCCUCCUCGAGUAUGUCAACUUCAACGAGAACCCGGGGUUCGAGGUGUGGAAGCUGCCGGAGGCAAUCGCCGGCUUUACGAAUCUUAAAGUGUUGAUCCUCUCGACGACGAGCAUGCGGGGGAAGAUCCCGCCGUGGAUCGGCAAUAUGACGUCGCUCACUGACCUCGAGCUCUCUGGGAACUUCCUCGUGGGGAAUAUUCCGGCGACGUUGGGGAGACUCCAGAAACUCCAGCUGCUGGAGCUCUACUACAACAAGCUCACUGGCGAGAUUCCCCACGAGCUCGGAAACUUGACGAGCCUGAUCGACAUCGACAUGUCGGAUAAUCACUUAGUCGGAAGCAUACCGGCAAGCCUCUGCGGCAUCCCUGGCCUCCAGGUCCUCCAAGUCUACACCAACAACCUCACUGGAGAAAUCCCCCAAGUUCUCGGAAACUCCUCUGCUUUGACGAUCCUGUCUAUCUACGGCAACAAACUCACCGGCGAGCUUCCAGUCGACCUCGGCCGGUACUCCAACUUGAUCGUGUUGGAAGUGUCGGAGAAUCUUCUCUCUGGUCCACUCCCACGCUACGUCUGCGCUCAGCGCCAGCUGCUCUACAUUCUCGUGGUGAGGAACAACUUCUCCGGCGAACUUCCGGCGAGCUACGGAGAAUGUAAUUCUCUGCUCCGUUUCCGAGUCAACGACAACAACCUCAGCGGUAGGGUUCCGGAGUCCCUCUUCGGGCUUCCCCACGCCUCCAUCAUCGACCUCGGAUUCAACAGCUUCGAAGGCAUCAUUGCCAAAUCCAUCGGCAAUUCCAAAAACUUGACUGCGCUUUUCCUGCCGAAUAACAAAAUCUCCGGCGUCCUCCCGCCGGAGAUCGGACUGGCGACAAGUUUAGUCAAGAUCGAUCUCAGCAACAACCUCCUCUCCGGGCCAAUUCCUGCCGAGCUUGGGCAUUUAACUUUGCUCAACCAACUUUCUUUACAGGGGAACAAAUUCGACUCCUCCAUUCCCGAAUCCUUGUCCUCGUUGAAAUCUCUCAACGUCCUCAACCUCUCCAACAACCACCUCACCGGAAAAAUCCCAGACAGCCUCUGCGAGCUUCUUCCAAACUCAUUAGAUUUCUCCAAUAACCAGCUCUCGGGGCCGAUCCCGUUCCCUCUCAUCAAGCAGGGCCUCAUCGACGGGGUGGCCGGGAAUCCCCUGCUUUGCUUGCCGUUCCACGUCAACUUGACCGACCCUGUUUUCACGCUCUGCCCUCGGCGGAACUUCCGGCGGCGGCUCAACAACAUGUGGAUUGUAGGCGUCUCCGCGAUUCUUGCUAUCUUCGUCGUGCUCCUUCUGGUGAAACGCUGGCUCGGUAAAAAGAGCGUCUUGAUGAAACAAGAUGCGUUUUCCUCUUCGUCGUCGUUCUCCUAUGACAUCACUAGCUUCCACAAGCUGAGCUUCGAGCAGCAUGAGAUAGUCGAAUCGCUGAUCGAGAAGAACAUCAUCGGGCACGGUGGGUCGGGGACGGUAUACAAGAUCGAGCUGAGCAACGGGGAGUGGGUGGCGGUGAAGAAGCUGUGGAGCAGGAAGACGAAGGACCCGGUGACAGCGAAGGAGGAGCAGCAGGGGAGCCUGGACAGGGAGCUGAGGACGGAGGUGGAGACGCUGGGGAGCAUCCGCCACAAGAACAUCGUGAAGCUCUACUGCUGCUUCUCCGGCGUAGACAGUAAGCUGCUGGUGUACGAGUACAUGCCCAACGGCAACCUGUGGGACGCUCUGCACCAGGGGAAGAGCUUAUUGGAAUGGAACACCAGACACAAGAUCGCGCUGGGGAUCGCGCAGGGGAUCGCCUACCUCCACCACGACCUGCUCUUCCCGAUCGUCCACCGAGACAUCAAGAGUUCCAACAUCCUCCUCGACGCCGAUUUCGAGCCCAAGGUGGCGGAUUUCGGCAUCGCCAAGGUUUUGCAGGCCGGCGGAAACAGGGAGACUUCCACGACGGUUAUUGCCGGUACUUACGGUUACUUGGCGCCAGAGUACGCUUAUUCGUUCAAAGCUACCACGAAAUGCGAUGUCUAUAGCUUCGGAGUCGUUCUAAUGGAGCUGGUUACCGGGAAGAAACCAGUCGAGGCAGAGUUCGGAGAGAACCGCGAUAUCAUCCACUGGGUUUCGAGCAAGAUGAGCACCAAGGAAUGCAUAGACGAGGUGCUAGACAAGCAGCUGGCAUGGAACCCCCUCAAGGAGGAAAUGAUCCAGUUCCUCCGCAUCGCCAUCCGCUGCACUUACAGCAACCCAUCCCUGCGUCCGACGAUGAACGAGGUCAUCCAGCUCCUCACCGAGGCUCAUCCUUGCAAGCCGGACGCAAACGGACCGCCCUUCAAGCUAGUCGAACCUCGUCACCGCAAAGGCUAACGACCCAACUAAGGCCUAUCUUUAGCUACUACAUACAACUAAUACCAUAGUUUAAUCACUCCACUUAUAGUUUAAAAGAUAGGAGCAUUUAGAACUGGAAAGGUUCCUGCUUUGUGCUUACAUUAGUCAGCUUUGUCCUCACGCAGCAUCUGGUGCCUCUGAGAGGUGGACCUUCAUGUACAUAUCAAUCACUGUUUUUGUCGAAAAAGAGUAUUCUCUUCUUCUUAUCA